AUGCUAAAGAUAAGCUUAAAAAAUAAAUUAUGAGUUAAUAUUAUGGGGAAUUGUUGCAGGCAACAGGUAGAAGUAAUCAAUAUUUAGAUUGAGCCACCAGAGUGCAAUUCCAACAAAGCUCCUAAGCGAAAUGUUUCUAAUUUUACUUUUGCGAAAUCACGGUAUUCUUCAGAGUCAACUUUAAAGUUGCCACCUACUUUUUCAGACCCUGUACUUUUUACAGCCGAGCCGAAUGACAAUUCUCGUGAGAUUUUUGAUCAAAUUCAAGAAAUCCCUGAUGAAGAUUAA